AUGAUAGUUCUUUCGAUUUUAUUCGGUUUAUUUGCUUUGACAGCGGGUCAAACUUGUCGAAACUUACCUCUUUAUGCUCGUUGCUCGACGAAUCCCGACUGUGGCUGUCUGCCAUUCUCAUCAGUUGAUGAUCAAAGUGGUAUUUGUGCUUACCUUCAUCUAAAUCCAACGAAACUGCGCGCGUGCAACGAAUAUAAUUAUUAUUGUGAUCAGCCAUACACAGUGUGUGUUCAUCAUCCAAGUUUAGCGACGAAAAAACCAUUGUGUUAUCCAACUGGUAUGGCUUCAUUAGACAUCUGUCCACCUUUAGAUCACAGUUGGACAUCAUCUGAAACGACGACGACAACCACCACCAUAACGACGACAGUUACAUCGAUAUCUGUGGAAGAACUUUGUGCCAACGUUAGUUGGUCACAAGUGGGUAAAACAGUAGCAGGAAGUAAUUUCACUGGCAAUGCAACAAAUCAACUACGAAAUCCAACGGCCAUUCUUUUCGACUCCAAGACCGAUACUCUCUAUGUUGCGGACACAACCAAUGCUCGUAUUGUAACCUGGCACAUCGAUGCAGAUUAUGGAAUGCUUGUUGCAGGAGGCAACGGAAACGGAAACCGAUCUAAUCAAUUCGAGUGGAUAUCAAGUAUGGUAUUGAAUCCAGCAGAUGGAAGUUUAAUCGUUUGCGAUGCAAGAAAUCGACGAAUUGUUCGUUGGUACCCGGGUGUUAUAGACGGAGAAAUCCUUGCACACAAUAUUUAUUGCAGUGGUUUAGCAUUGGACAAGCAAGGUUUUCUCUAUAUGACUGAAUUUGAAAAUCAGCGUGUGACCCGGUGGACAUUAGAAUCCAAUCUAAAAUUUGAUAGUAUUGUAGCAGGAAAUAAUGGUAAAGGUAACAGACUCGAUCAAUUAUAUGGACCAAUGAACAUCUUUGUUGAUGAAAAUCAAACUCUGUUCAUCAGUGAUAAUUCCAAUAAUCGAAUUGUUAAGUGGCCAAAAGGUGCUACCGAAGGAAUCCUUGUUGGAAACAUCCGUUAUCCGAAAGGAAUUCGUGUUACUUCAUCCGGAAAUGUCUAUGCUAUUGACAGUUAUUACAGUCGAGUGAUACGUUGGACACCAAAUGAUGUGAAUGGCACAGUUAUCAUCGGUGAAAAACAAUAUACGCUCAGUCAACCGACGGAUUUGGAUUUCGACGCAAACGGCAAUAUUUACGUAUGUCUCUACGGCAAAAAUCGAGUUGAAAAAUUCAAUCUUGAUAAAAAUGAGUGUCUAUAA